CCGCCCCCGCGCGGCCGCCACUCGCAGCCCGGCCCGGCGGUAAGAUGGCGGCGGGGGCCGAGUGCGAUGUGAUCAUGGCGGCGGCCGAGGGAGCCGGUGAGCCCGAGAGCGAGGAGGAGGCCCGAAGAGAAGCAGAGUCAUUCAAGGAACAAGGAAACGCAUACUAUGCCAAGAAGGAUUACAACGAAGCCUACAACUAUUACACGAAAGCCAUAGAUACCUGUCCUAAUAAUGCCAGUUAUUAUGGUAACAGAGCUGCCACGCUCAUGAUGCUGGGGCGAUUCCGAGAAGCACUGGGAGAUGCUCAGCAGUCUGUCAGACUGGAUGAUAGCUUUGUAAGGGGCCAUCUACGGGAAGGGAAGUGCCAUCUUUCCCUAGGGAAUGCCAUGGCUGCCAGCCGCUGCUUUCAACGAGUUUUAGAACUGGAUCAUAAGAAUUCCCAGGCACAGCAGGAGCUGAAGAACGCCACUACUGUGCUGGAGUAUGAGAAAAUAGCUGAGGUGGACUUUGAGAAACGGGAUUUCAGGAAGGUUGUGUUUUGCAUGGAUCGUGCUUUGGAGUUUGCUCCUGCUUGUCACCGGUUCAAGAUCCUCAAGGCUGAGUGUUUAGCGUUGCUGGGUCGCUACCCAGAGGCACAGUCUGUAGCAAGUGACAUCUUACGGAUGGACUCAACGAACGCGGACGCUCUCUAUGUGCGGGGCCUGUGCCUGUAUUAUGAGGACUGUAUUGAGAAGGCAGUGCAGUUCUUUGUCCAGGCUCUCCGAAUGGCUCCUGACCACGAGAAAGCGUGUAUUGCCUGCCGUAAUGCCAAAGCACUGAAAGCGAAGAAAGAAGAUGGGAAUAAAGCAUUCAAAGAUGGAAACUACAAACUAGCAUAUGAACUGUACACAGAGGCACUAGGAAUAGAUCCCAAUAAUAUAAAAACAAAUGCCAAACUGUACUGCAACCGGGGAACGGUUAAUUCAAAGCUUAGGAAACUUGAAGAAGCAAUAGAUGACUGCACGAAUGCAGUGAAACUGGAUGACACGUAUAUCAAAGCAUACUUGAGGAGAGCACAAUGUUACAUGGACACAGAACAAUACGAAGAUGCUGUAAGAGACUAUGAAAAGGUUUAUCAGACAGAAAAAACAAAAGAACACAAGCAGCUUCUAAAGAACGCACAGGUGGAACUGAAGAAGAGCAAACGGAAAGACUACUACAAAAUCCUUGGGGUGGACAAAAAUGCCUCUGAGGAUGAGAUCAAGAAGGCUUACAGGAAAAGAGCAUUAAUGCAUCAUCCAGACCGACACAGUGGGGCGAGUGCAGAAGUGCAGAAGGAAGAGGAGAAGAAAUUUAAGGAGGUUGGAGAAGCCUUUACCAUCCUGUCAGAUCCCAAGAAGAAGGCUCGCUAUGACAGUGGCCAGGAUCUAGAAGAGGAUGGCUUGAACAUGGGAGACUUUGAUGCAAAUAACAUCUUCAAGGCCUUCUUUGGUGGGCCAGGUGGCUUCAGUUUUGAAGCUUCUGGGCCUGGAAAUUUCUUUUUCCAAUUUGGCUAAAACCUGCCCCCCAAACCAAACCACACCACACAUACCUGAUCUGCUUCUUUUAACCUUGAACACGGACAUACUUAGACUCCUUCCUUCUUCAUGUCUCAUUGUACUUAGAGCAGUUUCAUUUUCUGGGUUGGAGACCUCUGUUUUGUGUGCUUUUGUGUGAAGAGGAAACCAGCUCGGGGAGGGGAAGGUUUGUGACUUCUGUUUCACUGUUAAUUUUAUUAUAAAAGAAAAGAGAGAAAAAUAAAGCUUUGAAUCUCUUGGUCCUUCCACGCUGGCCCCUACUUCUGGACUCUUCCUGCUCCUUAGGAGCAGAGGAUUCCCCUCAAGUCCUGCUGGAAUCUUGUAAGAGGCUGAAGAAAGCUCCUGGUUCAUUUCGCUUGGCUCUGAAGUGCAGGAUGGCAGCAUGGCCAGGGGCUGUAGGAACUUGUCAAGUUAUCUUCAUCUCCUGAAGGUAUUGCCAAGAUUCAAUCGAGUUUCAUACAAUCGCCGUUUCCCUGUCCUUUCUCAUUGUUUUGGGGUUUUUUUUGCCAUGGUUCUAUCAGAACAGUACACUUGGGCAUUAACUGAAAUGCUAACGUGUGAGCUUAAUGGUUUUGUAUCUGAGAAAUGCUUCUUUGGAUUUAAAAGAGCAGCUUCUGUGAGAAUUGCCUGUGAUGCAGCUAGAAUUAAGGGCUUUGUGUUUCCCUCUCAUGAAUUGUCCUGUUCAAGGGAAUGUUGAAUUUGCUCUGGGCUGAACUUCUGUACUUUUUAUUUCCUUUUAUUCUAUGAAUUAAUCCACUUGAACCUUGGAUAUUUGUGCUAAAACUGGAUUUUCUUGAGCUUGACCUUUGAUUUCGGGGUACUGAUCCGCUCUCAUGGAACGCAACGUCACCUUUGGGUUCCUGAUGGCAGGCAGUUACCGUGUGCAUGCAGCAGCCUGCUCUCCUCAUGUUUACAGGGACACUGCAAACGCCUUCACCCAGGCGAGUAGUUUGCAACUGGGAGUCAUUUACUGGUCCAAAGAAGCAAGAAAACACAGGGGCAGACCCUGGGCUGACAGGCUGCUGCUUGCUUCCCUUGCACAACACCAGGCCAGGGCUGGAGCCGCGCUUGAGCUGGGAAUGGGGUUGGUUGGGUGCUGCUGCCAGUGAAGCCAGCACGGGUUUAUUCCCUGCUGGAGAUGUGACAGUGGGAUCAGCCAGGAGAGGACUCUGCUUCCAGUCUUCCCUUUCCUCUGGGUUGGUGCUUUGCUCAAGCGUGGUGCUGGCUGCAGGGUGGUUCUGGAGCCCAGCGCAGGGCUGUGGCUGACCAAGCUCUGGGCUGGCUUGCUCAGAAAUGGGGUUUGAGAGGAGAAAUGUGUUGGUAACACCAGUGAGAAGGGUGUUGUUGUAUUUGGGGUGCUUGAACCCACCUGCAGUAGCAUGGGGAGGGUGGGAUGUGGUGUGGCUGAGAAAAGGGGUGUUCCCAGAUCCCCGUGAGACAGAGCUGAGGCUGGCUCUUACAGACUACCUGAUUCCACUGCUUCCUGCAGGAGCAACAGCUGCAAUGGGUUCAUUGCAUGAGACGAUCACUUUGGAUGCUGACAUCUUUGUCUUCCUCUCGAGGGCUGCACUCCUCCGAGUCAGUGGCAGUUGCUGGGCUGCACUGGAGUUCUCUUUGCUUCCAGCAGUGGCAAUAGCGUCGUGGUGCAGCCACCACGGCUCCCAUGGUGGUGGCUGCUCAGACCUGACCAUCUGCUUUCAUAGAGGGAGGAUUUAAGGGCUUCAAUUCUGGUACUGCAGAAUAAAGCGAGUGUCUUGGAGCUCGCUCAAAAGUCAGCUUUUCCCAUAGCUGAUGUCGUGUAGUGUUUCCAAACCCAGACUCCCUGGUUGGUGGAACUUCCUUGGCACCAGUGUAAGGUGAUGGACUCAUCCGGAUUGCACUGAGAGCAAAAUAAGGUCCUGGCAUCUCAGACUCUGAAAGGGGAACUGAAAUCCUGGUCUAUGCAUAUUGAUACUUGUGCAGUCCUCAUGGCACUUGUCACUCAGAGUUUACAGGGCUUAUUUUCAUGGCAGUCUGGGUUCAUCCCGUCUUGUCCUGUGUGUAUCGAUAGUACUGUACAGCUGGGGCUUCUCCCACCAUGCAGUGAUGUGUGCUGCCUUUGUCAGUGGGUUUUACUCUCCUCCCUUCCCCUGGUGAUGACAGGCUUCCUCCUUCCCUCCCAGCACUGACCGAGGCCCUUCCUUGCAGGACUGGAGUGGAUGGUUUUCCUUCGGAGGGAGCAGAUCUUUGUACAGCAAUGCAUGAUUUACUGUAGUUAAAUACCCCCAUGGUGAGUGCCAAGACUUCACUACAUGAGUCACAGUGAAGGUGUUUGGUGCCUCUGUCCCCUCGGGAUGGUGGCCUGGAGGGGUCGGUGCUGGGACACAGAGAUGCUGUUGCCUUUCACACUUGGAGGUUGUGCUGUUACUCAUGGCUUGUGUUUUGUAGAUGGCCACAGGGAACCUUUGUGCUGUUUUGGCUGCUCUCAGACCUGCCUGGCUUCUGUUGGCACCAUAGGAGCUACCAGACACGGGAGGUGGCCACAGAGACCACUGAACACAGAGAUCCUCCUCAAGUGAUCUGCCUGGGCUGCUUGGAGAGCCAUAAGGAGCUCAUGAGAGGGGUAGGAGGCAUUGCUGUAGGUGAGAGCCUUGACGCACAAGUGCAGCAGGAUGCAUUUAGGAGCACUGCUCCUUUUGGGAUGCUGGGAGCUUGGCCAGUGGAAGAAACCAAUGGCAAAGCCCUGCCUUUAGUGGGGAGGGUUUUCCUGUACUUACAGAAGGGUUUCUUUGUGGUGUCAUGGCAGAGCCUCCACACUUAGCCCUGAACGACACCCAAAGAGCCUGUUCCCUGGUGAGCAGCCCAGAACACCAACACAGAGCAGCUUUCGCUCCAUGGUGGCCCUUUGGCCACCAGCUCCUGCCCAGUGCCAGAGCCCAGGUAGUUGUGAACUGCAGGAGAACGUGUGUGUGAGCAGCGUGAAGGAAGGAGGCUCUGCUAUUGUGAUUCUCUAGCGUUUACCAGGGCUCUUGUGCUUUCCCUGCCUGCUCGUGAUGCCUGAGCUGCUCUAGGGGUGAUUUCAAAGGGUGAGAUGCAGCUGCAGGCAAAGAUGGAAGUGAUUUCCUGCUUUAAACACAAGAAGAUGCAUCAGUAGUGUCUGUGUGGGAGACACUUGCACAUGCAGUGGUCACACACCAGGGCACAAGGCCUGGUGUGGUUCUCCUUGGGUGGACUUACAAAGCUGAUGCUGUGUCAGCAUCUCUGAGUAUUGGGAGCCUGGGCCAGAUACACUGAACCUGGGCUUGAAUCAGCUUCUGGCUGCCUGCCUGAACAGGGGCUUUGUGGUUUCAACCACAUGUGAUGCUACAUAGGAAGGUCCAGGGGAUUGUCUGUGAGCUUGGAGGUGUUGCUCUAAAGCUGGAUCCGCAGUGCUAAAGGUGUCUGACUGUUCUGUAAAUGAAGUUAAAAGGCAAAAGAAAUGAUAAUGUUUAGGGAUGACAGUGGUGUUGUCCAUGGGAUGCUGUGAGUCCCUUGGCUGUCUGUACCUGACAGGAUACAGAGGGAAGCCGCUGUGCUCUGGUUUCGUUUCCAGUAUGGAAACAGGCUGUGUACUGCCCAAGCUGAGUGACCAAAGCCUGGACCCCCCCGAGCUUGGCUCUGCUUCCAAACUCACUCCUCUGUCAGUGGGAGAGUCACUUAUCUUCAAGUGACUGGUCUCCAUCCCCAUUCCAUUUGUGCCUUGUACCCUCCCCACCCUUCCCUAGGGAAUGGGCAGCUCCGGUGCCCAGGCCUCUGGGAACGGCUGCUGCAGCCACUGCUCCCAUGCUGGAGCCAUCCCCAUGUUCCCUGUGUGCUGGGCCCCAGCACCCCCAGGAUGCUGUGGGACGCUGUGGCCGAGGCAGGGCCAGGAUUUAUCCUUCCCCUUUGAGCAGUGUGAGGCUUAGCUCUGGUGCAGGGUCAGGGGCAGGCAGCAUCCGCACUGCAGUGGGACUGAGCACCAGCCGGGACACAUCCUGCACAGCUCAGGCUCCAGAGGAGGAUCCGGGAGCACCACGAGGCAGGGAGCGAGCACCUCACCGCAUGAGUAUCUGCUUUGUUGCAACGGCUCAAGGAGCAGGCCUGAAGCAGCCACUGCUGCGAAGCCACCUUGGAGAGGACACUGGUCCCUGCUGCAGUAUUUAUCUGACCCCACAUUCUGAAUGGUUACCUCAGUGUAAAUACCUUCCCCUUUCCCACGGGAGGAAAGGGAAUUGCAUGGAGCUGUCCCCAUCGCUUUGCCAACCGCAUCAGCCUCUCCAAGCCGGGCUUCGCAGCGGGACGGGCACUGUCCCUCCGGACCCACCUUCUAGGAUGUGAAUGGUGAAACAAUGUGAAUGUUUGUUGUUGACUUCGUUAGGCAUCAUUCCUAAGGAUGUGUUUCUAUGAAGAAUGUCGCAGCCUGAAGCAGAACCAGAUGCAAUCGGUUUACUUUAUUAUAAACUGUAUAUGAUGUACAAACUAAUAAAACCUGAACCGACGACA